AUGCCAAAAGUAACUAAAUUAAAAGUAACUCAAAAUGUUACAUCUAAACGUAAUUUAAAUAAAAAUAAAAACGAUGAAUCACAAUCAAUUAUUACAAUUGUUGAUAAAACUGAUGAUGAAAAUUUGAAUGAAAUACAAACAAAAAAACGAAAAGCUUCAACUUCACCAAACAAGAAAGUGAAAAAGGUAGCAUCAACUAGUGAAGAUGAUAAUAUGGAAAAUACUGAAAAAAUUAGGAGUAAAAUAAAACAACCAGCUGCAAUGACAUUAAAAACAUCGGAUCGUUUAUCAUGUAAAGGAGAAAAAUCAACAUUAAAAAUUGCAUCAUGGAAUGUAAAUGGAAUUCGUGCAUGGAUAACCAGUGGUGGUUUGAAAUAUAUCGAACUAGAACAACCAGAUUUAAUCUGUUUUCAAGAAUUGAAAUGUGAUAAAGAACAAAUUCCAGUUAAAGCAACACCAACUGGUUAUAAAUCUUUUUGGCUUUCUGGUGAUCAAAAGGGAUAUGCUGGUGUAGGCUUAUUAACUAAGAUCGAUCCAAUUGAUGUUAAAUUUGGUAUUGGUAUUGCUGAACAUGAUAAUGAAGGACGUGUUAUAACAGCUGAAUAUGAUAAAUUCUAUCUUGUUGUAUCAUAUAUACCUAAUAGUGGUCGUAAACUUGUACGUUUAUCUUAUCGACAAACAUUUAAUCAAGCAUUUCAUACUUAUUUAAAAGAACUUGAUAGGAAAAAACCUGUAAUAUGGUGUGGUGAUUUAAAUGUAUCACAUCAAAGUAUUGAUUUAGCAAAUCCAAAGACUAAUACAAAAACAGCUGGUUUUACGAAAGAAGAACGAGAUGAUUUUUCAAAAAUUCUUGCUGAUGGAUUUAUUGAUUCAUUCCGCUAUCUAUAUCCUGAUAAACGCGAUGCAUAUACCUAUUGGGCAUAUUUUCAUAGUGCCCGUGACCGUAAUAUUGGUUGGAGAUUAGAUUAUUUUAUAUUAUCUCCAUCUCUUCAAGAAUCUCUAUGUGAUGUUAUUAUACAAAAUGAUGUGCAUGGGUCAGAUCAUUGUCCAAUAGUUUUAUUAUUGGCUAUUUAA